AUGUUUAUGACUUUAUGAUUAAGGUUUCGCAGUGAUUUUGUGUGCCGAGAUCAGAAAUUAUAUUUAAAGGAUUUCGCAGGAAACAGUUCCAUGUGUAUCCUCUCCGUUGAUAUGCAUCUGGACAGUAUACAACUCAGAAACAGGUCAUUGUUCGAGGUCUAGUUCAUCCUCUGUAUCAGCGUCACUGUUGCCGGAGCAACGCGCGACAUUCGCUCGGAUCAAACCACGCCGCACCUGCGGGGAGUCCCAGAGCAGCGUCCAGCAUCGCCCCACUCACAGGCGAACGCGCUCUGUUUCUGAGCGCACCUCGUAGUCGAUUCUAUAGUAUAAUACGCAAUGACAACAGAAUGACAGCAGGUCUGUUCUUCUGAUAAACAUCCAGCUGUCACGUGCUUGUUGACAGUGAGAGAAACGCAGUCGUGCUGUGCUCCUCGUAGCCUUCUGGCUAUAGAUCAGCGCGGAUUCGUGACUGUCAUAAGCAGGUGAUCAGCGACUCUACGCCACAGCACCACGCUCUCUGAGGCAUUGUGGGUAAAAUGUCAGUGGCUUUGCCGGCUGUGCGUGAUGUUAAAUGGCUGACGCUGGAGGUGUGUCGGCAGUUUCAGAGAGGCAGCUGCUCACGCAGAGACUCAGAGUGUAAGUUCGCACACCCACCCAAGAGCUGCCAUGUCGACAACGGCCACGUCAUCGCAUGCUUUGACUUUCUCAAGGGUCAGUGUUUGAGAGAAAGCUGUAAAUAUCUUCACCCUCCAUCUCACCUCAAGGCUCAGCUUGAGAUUAAUGGAAGAAAUAAUCUGAUUCAACAAAAAAUGGCUACAAUGUUACAGCAAAUGCAUUUUGUGCUGCCUGGAUCCAGCCUGUCAUCUUUGGCCUCAUUUCCUGUCACUCAGAGUUUGGGGGUGGGGCCUGGGAUCAGUUACACCCCUUACAUCAUGCCUGUCUCUCAUGGGAUUGGCCUGAUCAACACAGAAAUGCUUCCCAGUAACCAUCAAGUCAUCAUCCCCUCUGCCCCUCGGGUAUUAGUACAGACCUCAAACGCAAAUCAUCAGAAAGUGCUGCACUCUGACAAAAUGGAGGUGUGUAGGGAGUUUCAGCGGGGCAGCUGCUGCAGAGGAGAGACGGACUGUCGAUUCGCUCACCCCACUGACAGCACGGUGAUCGACAGCGCUGAUAACACAGUGACUGUGUGUAUGGACCAUGUGAGGGGGAACUGCAACAGAGACAAGUGCAAGUACUUCCACCCUACAGCACAUCAGCACCUCCAGCUUCAAACCAGACAGACCCUCAGCCCGGCCGCUACUGCCACGAAUCAGUCCAGUGCCAAAAUACUGAAGCGACACCUUGAGACAUCUGUCGACAUGGCUGCUCCUCGUGCUCUGUUGGCUAAGCGUGUGGCUCUGGAGCCGACUGGAGGAGUAGGAGGUCUGUUUAACUGCGGGACACUGUCCUUCCAGCAGACCGUCAGCCCCGCACCGCUGCACACGGCCACAGCGAUGCUCCCCACAGUUCCCAUGAUGCUCGGCGCACCAGCUGUUCCUGCUGUCAGCCCUUAUGUUGCUGCUGCCUCAACAAACGCCAGUCAGUUCAUCUUAAAGUAGAGCACAGAAUAUGGACCCAUUGCUAAUAUGAAUGACCACUACCAGGUCAGAAAUAUUUUCUUUUUAGUAUAUACAGGGCAAUUUAAAAGUCUGAGACCGCUGAAUAAAAUGCAUCUGUUUUGCAUUUUUUACAUUUUAUACAAAAUUAUGUAACUUUAUUAUAAUGUUAUAUUAUCCAAAAUACCAUUAAUUUUACAAUAUCUAAAUAAUCACUUUUUUGCUUUAAUGGCAGCAGCACUCAGUAUAUAAAAAAUGUAUUUAUAUUCAAUUGGUGAUCUAGAAAAAGUGAAAAUAUUAGCUAUAUCAAAUACUACAAUGUUACUUUGUUUUUGUUUUUUCUUCAAAAUCCCAAAAACUGUUCAUUUCUGGGUUUGAAUGGGAAAAUCUUUUUGCAGUGUGGUCUCAGACAUUUAGACCUCAUUGUGUAUUUUAGUGUGAAACUGCAGUUAUUCAACAAUAGGCCCAAAUAUUUCCUACUGUGUACUUAGGAAAACUAGUGCAGUUUGUAAAGGCUCUGCUCAUCAGACUACAGACACUGCAGUGUGUUUAGUGGAUGCUGGGCGCAGGACCACUGCAGUGUUGCAGCAGCUGCUCUCUCUCUCUCUCUCUCUCUCUCUCUCUCUCUCUCUCUCUCUCUCUCUCUCUCUCUCUCUCUCUCUCAUACCAACAGCGCCACCUAUCGUCAUGCUGCGGCUCAUACUGGCCAUACUGGGAAAACUGAUGUGGCCCAUUGCCCAGCUCGUUUGUAUCUACUUACUUAUACCUAGCCUAAUAACAGUCCAUUACUGUAUUUUAUGAAUGUACAUUAUACACUCGUUCAAGUGAAAUGCUGUUUAUUUUCAGCAGGAAAGGCAGUGAAAGAUAACACGACUAGAAUGUUGGCCAAAGGUGAGAUAAAUUAAAGCCCAGCAGGGUUACUGUGUACUGUACUAAAAGUUUACUAACUUUUGUGUUUGUAUGUUUUUAAACAGUAAGCACUUAAUAGAAGACAAUCAAAAUAUGCCACAAAAUUUUAAAAAUAACCUACGUGUUUUUUUUUUCUUCUGAUUGUGUUUGUUCUUCAACAAACAACUUUCAAAUACAUUUAAAUGUGUGAUUAUUUGUUUUGUAUGGGGAUUUUACUCUCAAUGUUGAUGAAACACUGUCUCAUUGCAAACAUGUGUGUAAUAUUUAGAUGAAUAUACUGAAUUCACUGAACUGAUGCUAUUAUGAAUUGACAGCAUUCAUAAAGAAAAUGUUGAAUCUCAUGAACUAUUGACUGUUUAACUCACAGACUGUGUUUGCUAUUUUAGUCUGAAUAGCCUGGUAUUAUUAUUAUUUUAUUAUUAUUAUUAUUAUUAUUAUUAUUAUUGAUGUAUAAUAACCCAAUAAAAAAUGAAAUGAU